AUGAAAUGAAAAAAUAUAUUAAUUUGUUAAAAUCUUUCUCCAUCUUUUCAACUUUUGAUAGUUACAUUUCAAAUAAUCCAACACAAUUCAACCCAAUAGCUUCAUUACUUGUAUAGUAGUGUCAAAUGCUCAACGGACAUGAUAACACCAUCCAUUUGAUCCAACGGUACCACGCCAAAUACGAAGAACACGCCCAAAUACCAAAAAAACCCCACCCCACUCUCCACACUGAAAUCAAAGUAAAUCAAACUUCAAUCCACUUGUUCUCAAACCCUAUAACUUUUUCCACAUCAAAUCUUCUUCAAACAUGUUCAAUUUCUGCUUCAAUUUCAUCCUUCUUCUAAUCGUCACAAGCACAAACAACAAUGAUUGAUGAUUUCGAGUUUCACAGAGAUGAAAUGGUUAAUCAUUAUGCUAAUUGCUUGCUGAUCAAGUAUUCUUUUCAGUUCUCGCAUCGCUAAAACCCUAAUCGAACUAUCUAACUGUCCGUACAGAUAUGCGAAGGAAUUGAUAUGAAUAGGCAAGCUCUAGGCAACACCAUGACGGUAAGAGCAAAACCAGGUCCCGCAGUUUUCAAGCCUAACGAAGAGGGAGGGGAGUCUAGAAUCGAGCCGUACGUAGGGUUAGAAUUCGAUUCGGCAGAAGCCGCCCAAGAAUUCUAUACUCUUUACGGAACUCAAGCUGGAUUCAAAAUUAGAAUCGGUCAACUCUACAGAUCGAGAGUUGACGGGUCAGUUAUCUCAAGAAGAUAUGUAUGUUCGAAAGAGGGGUUUCAAACCCCUUUAAGAACCGGUUGUCCUGCUUUCAUAAGAGUACAAAAGGGCGAAUCUGGAAAAUGGGUUUUAGCCAACGUAAAAACCGAGCACAAUCAUGAUCUCGACAUCUCAGGUGAAAUCCGUCCCCCGAUUAUUCAACGAAAAACCCCUCCCACCCCAAGACCAACAUCGAAUGUGUCAUCUAGAACUGGAAUCAGAUCACUUGAAGAUGAUGGUCCUUCGGGUGCUAUUGAUCUUAAACGGAUUAAACGAGUAGAACUUGAACCCGCACCGAGAGGUGAACCGUGCAAAGGUCUUGAUUUUACUUCUGCUAACGAAGCGUACAAGUUUUACCACACAUAUGCAGCUAACAUGGGGUUUAAAGUCCGGAUUGGUCAGUUAUUCCGUUCGAAAAAUGACGGGUCGAUAACGUCUAGAAGAUUUGUGUGCUCAAAAGAAGGCCAUCAACACCCUUCGAGAGUCGGAUGUGGAGCGUACAUGAGAAUACAAAGACAAGAAACCGGUCGAUGGGUUGUUGAUCGUUUAUCGAAAGAACACAACCAUGAACUAGGCUCUCCCGAAGACACAAAUCAGAAAAAUGGAAAAUCGUUUAAGGAGGAGUUAAGUAACGGAUUGGAAAAUUUGGAUUUACUUGAAACGAACGGUGGUCUUAGUUUAGUCAAAAGAGAUAGAGGAAGUGGGAUCGGAAACGGGUGGUAUAACGUGCUUCUUGAAUAUUUCCAAACCCGUCAAGCCGAAGAUACAGGUUUUUUCUACGCCCUUGAAGUCGAUAACGGGAGAUGUAUGAGUGUUUUCUGGGCUGAUGGACGGUCGAGAUUCUCUUGCACUCAAUUUGGUGACGCGAUUGUCUUCGACACAUCAUACAGAAGAUCGAGUUAUACAGUUCCGUUUGCUUCUUUUGUCGGCGUGAAUCACCAUCGACAACCUGUGCUUCUGGGAUGUGCGUUAAUCUCAGAUGAAUCAGAAGAAUCAUUUACAUGGGUUCUCCAAGCAUGGGUUCGGGCCAUGUCGGGAAAACGACCUGUAUCCAUAAUCGCGGAUCAAGACAAACCCGUUCAAAAUUCGAUCGCACAAGUUUUCCCGGGAACUCAUCAUCGGUUUUCACCAUGGCAGAUUCUUGCUAAAGAACACGAAAACCUAGGGGCGUUACGGUCCAUGGAAGAAUUCAAAUUCGAAUACGAAACGUGCAUUUCGCAAAGCCAAACAGCUAGCGAAUUUGAUUCUGCUUGGGGUGUCCUUAUCACAAAAUAUAACUUAAAAGAGAACACCUGGUUAAAAGAAAUGUACAAAAUGAGAAAAAGUUGGGUCCCACUGUAUAUACGGGGCACGUUUUUCGCUGGCAUCCCGGUUGAUGGAACUAUGAAAUCUUAUUUUGGAACAUUUUUAACUCCUCAAGUCCAACUCAACGAAUUCCUCAUGCGUUACGAGAAAGCUGUUGAGCAUAACCGUGAAGAAGAAAGAAAAGAAGAUUUUAACUCGUUCAAUUUACAAACCGUUCUUCAUACAAAAGAUCCGUUAGAGGAACAAUGCAGACGGCUUUACACCAUAAUUGUAUUCAAAGUAUUCCAAAAAGAGCUUCUAGAAAGUUACAGCUAUGUCGGAAUCAAGAUCAACAUCGAGGGUGCAAUCAGCAGAUACUUAGUUCAAAGAUGUGGGAACGGCGAUGAGCGAAACACCGUUGCUUUUAACGCUUCAAAUCUUAAUAUCAGUUGCAGUUGCAGGAUGUUUGAGUUCGAGGGUAUUCUCUGUCGGCAUGCGUUAAAAGUUUUCCAAAUAAUGAAUAUAAGAGAAAUCCCGUCUCGUUACAUCUUGCACAGGUGGACGAAAAACGCUAAAUACGGAAUCCUUCGGGAUGUUGAUUCUGGAGGCGGGUCCCAGGAUUUCAAGGCCUUGAUGGUGUGGAGUUUAAGAGAAGAAGCUCAUAGCUAUAUUGAUGCAGGUGCAGCUUCUAUUGAAAGGUAUAAGCUGGCGUUUGAAAUAUUGCAAGAAGGUCGGCGUAAUCUUUGUUGGCAAAAUUGAUGAGCGUAUCGCGAACAAAGGUCCGCAAUUUCUCAUCUUUUGUUACAUUGAAAUUGUCAGUCCAGUGUAGGGUUAACGAUUUAAAUAUUUUGUAACUUGCAUCUUACUGUUUCUACAUUUAAGGUAGCAACUGUUUGUGGUGAGCUCCAUCUAGCCUUUCUACCUGCAUUGUUGUGUGCAAAGUGUGUUUUUGUAGUCUUUAAGAUAAAUAAUAUAAUACAAAGUCGUGCUAUUUUGUA